AUGGUUAAUUUGUUCUGGAUUGUUUCGUGGGAGUUCUCUUACCCGUCAAUGGAUUGCUCUGGAUCCAACAAGUUCAUGAUCCAGACCGGACCCUAUCUCCGUCGUCGGUAUCCCUCCCUCCCUUGGGAAGUUGAGGCCGCGAUCUCCCUUUGUACGAAUCUGUCGGCGUGGGCGUCGAACUACCUACGGACGUUCGAUGGAGUCCCACCUUGCCUUGCUAUCCUCGCUCGCAAUGGCUGCGUUUCUACUACUCCGAGUCAACCCCGACUGAGCUUAACCCAAUUUCACUCGCGCGAAUAUAACCCGCUUCGUUCCUUCCAGCAUGGGCAGUAA